UUCAGUUAAGAGCAGUAUUUUAAUGUAAAAGUUUUAAAAGAGUAUAACUAUUGAGAAUACUGCAAAACUGCAUCAGAAAUGUAACAUACAUUAAAAUGAAUACAGAAGAGGCGCUGCAGUGUAAGCUAGAGUUCGAAGACUUCAAGCUAACAGAAGUUCAGUGUUUUAAUGAUGAUCAAAUAUUCGUCGAUGUUGCUGCAAGUAAACCAAACGAUAGUGAAAUUAGCAAUUUCGAUUAUUUAAAUGCUGAUUGUGGCACAGGAGAUAAGAGUACUCGACUUUUGGAAAGUACAGACACCGAGCAUCUACCGCUCGAUUGCGAAAACUACAAUGCAUCUAAUCAAACCGAAGAGCAUCUUACAACUUCCUCCACAAGAGAUGACACUCUAAACAGUUUGCAGGAAGCAUCUCCCAUCGCCAAUCGGAGCGAUUCUACGCGACCACACGACUGCGAGGUUUGUGGUAGGCGAUUCAUCGAUAAGUUGAAACUGGUCGAGCACAUCCGGGUACAUAGCAGUGAACGGCCAUUCAGCUGUGAUGUCUGUGGUAAGGCAUUCGCUAGCGAACAACCUAUGCAGCGCCAUCGGUACAUUCACACCGCUAACUUCAAGUGCACCGUGUGUGGCAAAGCUUUUGUCCACAAAUCUAACCUAUCCAAACACCACCUUCUUCAUAUGGAUGAGCGGCCGCAUAAUUGCAAAGUAUGUAAGAAAAGAUUUACACUGAAACACAAGCUGACCUUACACAUGCGCGUUCAUAAGAAUGAGCGGUCUUACAAGUGCACUGUAUGUGACAAAGCUUUUAACAAUCAAAAUGACCUGACGAUACAUAUGUUGACUCAUACGGGUGACUGGCCUUACAGGUGUACCGUAUGUAGCAAAGGCUUUAGUCACAAAUGUGCGCUGGAUAAACACAUGUCCGUUCAUACGGAUGAGUGGCCGCACAAGUGCACUGUGUGUGGCAGAGGUUUUACUUACCAAUAUAAGCUGGAUGAACACAUGUUCGUUCACACAACCGAGCGACCCUACAAGUGCGCCGAGUGUAACAAAGGUUUCAUCCUGAAAAAUAGGCUGACAAAACACAUGCUCCUCCAUACGGGUAAGAGAUAUCACAAGUGCACCGUGUGUGGCAAAAGUUUUGUCUACAAGUAUCAUCUGACCUCACACAUGAUAGUUCAUAGGGACGAGCGGGCUCACAGGUGUGCUGUUUGUGACAAAGGUUUUAACUAUCCAGUUGCCCUGAUAAGACAUAUGUAUAUUCAUACAGGCGACUGGCCGUACAAAUGCACUGUGUGUAAUCAAGGUUAUACUAACGAAUAUAAGCUGGACAAACACAUGUUAGUUCAUACGAGUGAAAGCACGCUCAAGUGCCCUGUGUGUGAUAAAUGUUAUGUGCGCAAGGCUCGUUUAAAGGAGCACAUGUCAUCUGGGUUGUGUGCGGCAAAGAAUACAUUAUGAUUGCUAUAAUUUGUUUUAAGGAAGGUUGCUAUAAUAAAAUGAAGUCUUUAGAA